CACUCACUCCACAGACAUGAACACCACCAGCUGAAGACAACACCUGCAAUCUGGCUCUGUUGGAGCCAAAACAGCCAUCCAAACCCGUGGAGUUAAAUUGCAGACAGCCUCUUUCAUCACACCCUUUGGACCGAUCAUCAAACUGAAAUUCUGGAUGUAAUGGUUUAUAAUUUUACCAUUUCCUCUGCCCGCUGAACUGGGUUAGUAAUGCAGGAGACAGCAGCGAAUCUGUCCGCGGCUCAAGAUGGCAGAUUUUUAUUGAGUUCUGAACAGUGCUGUCGCUUCAUUUUUUGCCAUGUAUAACAGGAAUCCUUGCACCGAUGGCCCCUGUAUACGAAGGUAUGGCCUCGCAAGUGCAAGUCUUCUCCCCUCACACUCUCCAGUCAAGUGCCUUCUUUAGCGUGAAGAAACUGAAGGUGGAGCAGAGUUGCAACUGGGAUAUGACAGGGUACGGCACGCACAGCAAGGUCUACAGUCAGAACAGCAAGCAGAGUGCCUCAGUGGGCAUCAACGGCGCCAGUCUCCAGGUCUCCAACUCUUCCCUGUCCUACGAACAGGCCCUCCUCUUCCCGGUCGGCUCAGGGCACAUAGUGGUGGCCUCGGCCAGCAGCACAUCUGAGUUGCCUGGUCAACUGUUGGGCAGCACUGGCAGUAGUGGGAGCAGCAGCGGAGGCCACAACCUGACACGCCGCAGCACAGUCAGUCUGCUCGAUACGUACCAGCGAUGCGGGCUUAAGCGGAAAAGUGAGGAACUGGACAACAACAACGGCACUGGCAGUAGAAGUAGCGUGCACGUGGUUGAGGAGCAGCAGCCACCCGCACCCAUGAUCCAGAACAACGUGCAGAGCGGGGCCACCGCUGUGACGGCGACAGCAUCCACUACAGCGACAUCCAAGAAUAGCGGCGCCAACAGCGAGGGUGACUACCAGCUCUUGCAGCAUGAGGUGCUUUGCUCCAUGACCAACACCUAUGAGGUGCUGGAGUUCCUGGGUCGUGGUACCUUCGGACAGGUGGUGAAGUGCUGGAAACGUGGCACUAGUGAGAUCGUGGCCAUCAAGAUCCUGAAGAACCACCCUUCUUACGCACGGCAAGGCCAGAUUGAGGUGAGCAUCUUGGCGCGACUGAGCACGGAGAGUGCGGACGACUACAACUUUGUUAGGGCAUACGAGUGCUUCCAGCACAAGAAUCACACGUGCCUGGUCUUCGAGAUGUUGGAGCAAAACCUGUAUGACUUCCUUAAGCAGAACAAGUUCAGCCCGUUGCCGCUCAAGUACAUCCGACCGAUUCUGCAGCAGGUGGCCACUGCCCUCAUGAAGCUCAAAAGCCUCGGACUGAUUCAUGCUGACCUGAAGCCAGAGAACAUCAUGCUUGUAGACCCAGCUCGGCAACCCUACAGGGUCAAGGUCAUUGACUUUGGUUCUGCAAGUCACGUCUCCAAAGCUGUGUGCUCUACCUACCUGCAGUCUAGAUACUACAGAGCUCCAGAGAUCAUCCUUGGUUUGCCAUUCUGUGAGGCCAUAGACAUGUGGUCACUGGGUUGUGUCAUCUCUGAGCUGUUUCUGGGCUGGCCGCUUUACCCCGGAGCAUCUGAGUAUGACCAGAUCCGGUACAUCUCUCAAACGCAAGGUUUGCCAGCGGAGUAUCUGUUGAGUGCAGGGACGAAAACUACCAGGUUUUUUAACAGAGAUCCCGACUCCACCUAUCCUCUAUGGAGACUGAAGACACCUGAGGACCACGAGACAGAGACUGGGAUCAAAUCUAAAGAAGCUCGCAAGUACAUCUUCAACUGCCUGGAUGAUAUGGCACAGGUGAAUAUGACCACAGAUUUGGAAGGCAGUGACAUGUUGGCGGAGAAGGCAGACAGGAGAGAGUUUAUCGACCUGCUGACCAAGAUGCUGACCAUCGAUGCGGACAAGAGAAUCACACCCAUAGAGACACUCAACCACCCCUUCGUCACGAUGACACAUCUACUGGACUUUCCCCACAGCACACACGUCAAAUCCUGCUUCCAGAACAUGGAGAUUUGCAAGCGUCGGGUGAACAUGUACGACACAGUCAAUCAGAGCAAGACCCCCUUUAUAACACAUGUAGCCCCCAGCACUUCUACCAAUCUCACCAUGACCUUCAACAACCAUCUUAACACUGUGCACAGCCAGGCCACCAACCUGGCUCCCUCUUCCACAAGUGCCACCCUUUCCCUUGCCAAUCCUGAUGUCUCCAUACUAAAUUAUCAAUCUGCACUCUACCAGCCUUCUGCGGCCCCUAUGGCCGCCGUGGCCCCCAGAACCAUGCCCCUCCAGCCUGGUGCGCCCCAACUUUGCGCUGCCCGACCAGAUCCCUUCCAGCAGGCUCUUAUCGUCUGCCCAUCUGGCUUCCAAGGUUUGCAGGCGUCACCCUCUAAACACACUGGCUACUCGGUGCGGAUGGAAAAUGCAGUUCCUAUAGUAACACAGGCCCCCGGAACCCAAUCUCUGCAGAUCCAGCCAGGCCUUCUGACACAGCAGGCCUGGCCGUCUGGCCCGCAACAGAUCCUCCUACACCCGGCAUGGCAGCAGCUCACACACACAUCCGUGCAACAUGCCACCGUCAUUCCAGACUCCAUGACCAGCUCGCAGCCUCUGGCCAACUGGAGGAAUUCACAUCCCCAUGGCAGCCACUACAACCCCAUUAUGCAACAGCCGGCUUUACUGGCAGGUCGUGUCACCCUGCCCUCUCAGCAACCUCUCAAUGUGGGAGUGGCCCAUGUCAUGAGACAGCCAUCAAACAAUAACUCCAAAAAGAACAAGCAGCACCAGAUGAACAAUAGGAACCUGUCAGUGUACGACGUGUCCUCCACCCAAGCGGUGGCAUCACCUCAACGAUCCAAGCGAGUUAAGGAAAACACUCCUCCACGCUGCGCUGUUGUUCAGAACGGGCCAUCCUCUACCUGCGCCACAUCACAGACCUGUGGGGGUGGAGGAGGAGGGGGAUGGGGUGGGGAGCAGGCAUCUAGCACCACUCGAGAUCACCACGGCCAGCACAACCUGCCGCGCCACACCAUCAUCAUCCCAGACACCCCGAGCCCAGCCGUCAGUAUCAUCACCAUCAGCAGUGACACAGAUGAGGAGGAUGACCACAAACAACCCACUAACACCAGCACGUCAUCCAAACAUAGGAAGAAUGUGAUCAGCUGCGUGACGGUCCAUGAUUCCCCUGACUCUGACUCCAGCAACACCAGCCCUUAUGCUGUGGAGUCUCGGCUUAAUGGCGCCAACGCCAGCGGCUAUGACUCCAAAGGUGCAGUCUUGGACAACUACAGCAACGGAAACCCCCGCACCAUCAUCAUCCCCCCUCUCAAGAGCCAGAAUGGCGAGAACAUGGGAGAGUGUGAUAGACUGUUGCCUGAUACAGUGAACUCCACCUACAAGUUCAAGAGCUCCAAUGUAGGUUUGUCAGGCAACAACCAUUUGUCAGGGGGCGUGGCUGUCGGCGGGUCAUACAGGCAGCAGCGUUCAGGGCCACAUCCCUUUCAGCAGCAGCCUCUCAAUCUAAGCCAGGCCCAGCAGCAUAUGGCAGUCGAACGAAACGGAGGUCACCUGCGGCAACAAGCCUAUAUUACCCCCACUAUGGCUACCCAGGCUCAGUACUCCUUCCACAACAGCCCCACCCACACAGCUAACGUCCACACCCAUUUGGCCCCACCUCAUCUGUCUGGGCAGCCUCACCUCUACACCUACACCGCUCCCACGGCCCUGGGCUCCACUGGCACAGUAGCCCACCUCAUGGCUUCGCAAGGCUCAGCGCGCCACGCAGUCCAGCACGCCAACUACCCCCCAGGUAUUGUCCACCAGGUGCCUGUAAGCAUGGGCCAUCGUGUACUGCCCUCGCCAACCCUGCACCAUGGCCAGUACCAGGCCCAGUUUGCGCACCAGACCUUCAUCAGUGCUUCACCUGCCUCUACUGUCUACACUGGAUACCCGCUGAGCCCAACCAAGAUGAACCAGUACCCUUACCUCUAAAGAUGAAUCACUGGAGCCCAGCCAAUCGCUGCUUACCAUUUGUCCCCUUAACCCUGCCCAGAGACAGAGACAAGCUUAACUUAUAUCAACCCACCCCUUUGUUCCUUUCAUGCUUAAACUUGAAGACAAUGAAGAUGCUGAUGGAUUUAGGGAGUGUACUCUGAGAGGGAAUGGAAGGGUACUAAGCAGAUUUCGUUUAGAUAUGUUUUUUUUUUUUUGCCUUCUUCAGGAGCUAGAUAACAUUUAUUUUUCAGAAUUUGGGUUUUAGUUUCUUUCAAAAUAGAAGUUGAAGAAAAAUGUUUAGCUUUAUUUCUUUUACAACAAGGUCUCAUUAACAGGCCAUUUGGGAGAGACAGAGUUUUGUCCAACCAAGGUUUUGUUUGGUUUUCCCAUUCUUGAAAUCAUUCGCUGACUGUUGAGUCGAGAUCCCUAUGUGGCUGUUUGAAUUCCUAAGACAAUUUUUUUGGAUAAGGUGAAAUACGGAUUUCUGCUGCUCUUCAAAGAAAAAAAACAUAAUGAUGGCCUUGAACUGUCUUUAAUGUUUCCAAAUUUCAUGCAGUGACUGGUAUGCUGAAUGGUAUAUUCCACUGAGCUCUCCAACAAACACCUGGGAGGUAUCUUCUGGAAAUAUGAUGAAAAGACAACAAAAAAAACAUUCUGGUGUAUUUACAGACUUUUCUUUGUUUGUGUUCACAUUUAGAAAAGAACAUACUGUUUGUCAUACAGUACACCAUUAGCCGGCCCCCUUUUUGUAGAAUGUAGCAAUCUGCAUCCAUUUAUUUAAUGAAGAACCUUUCUGAUACCAAUAGAUUCUGUUUUCCUCUUUCAAUGUGAUUGCACAAAGUGGUUACAAUAACAUAGGCAUGUUCCACAUGAUAGUCAGUCGUAUGUUUUGCGUGCAUGUGUGCACGUGUGCUGCAGUCCGCCACGUGUGGUACACCCUUUGCACAUUUUUGCGACGUAUUCCUCCACAGUCUUAGGUUUAUCAUUGUUACCUCGUAGUGCCUUACAUAUAUUACGACAGUUUACUUGGCUGGAAACCCUGUAGAACCAAAUGCUAGUCAGAGAGCUGGUUGAACAUCUUAUCCGAGCGAUUUUUUAGUUCCAGGUGUAAGCGUUAGCCCUAAAUGUUAUUUAUGUGCUAUUUCAUACAGUAACUUCACAAAAAAGGCACUUACAGCGUGCUUCUUGUUUUGCAUGCAUGAGGUUGUUUUUCUUUUUUAGAUGAAGAUACUUGCCUGGGGUAAUGAACCAAAGUCGUCAUUUAAAAGUAUAUAUCAUUUGUUCUGGGUAGUGGAUAUAAUUAUAUAUAGCUCAUUUACUGUAUAUACCGUAGCUAUACAUGUUACUCACCUUGCAAUCAAUGCAACGUUACUGAUUUAAGGCUGUAAAUGUCAUAAACGGGAAAUUAUAUGUAUAUUUGAUGGAAAAAGCCAAGUGUAACUCAAUUUGAGAUUGCCCUCCUGAAAGACUAACUUAGGCCAGUAUGAAUUUCAAUGCUAGUUUAUGCUGGUUUGGUGUUGAUGGACCAGCACUGCUCUAGUGAAACUGGUUGACCUUGCUAGGCUUGCCAGUUAAGCUAGUUAAGAAGCAUGGAGGGGACAACAACAUCCAAAACAGAACAUACAGUACACUGGUCUUUUCUGCUGGAUAGGCUGCACAAUUUGUCUAUAUUGGAAAACAAUGGCUAAAAUUCUGCAAGGUGUUCAAAUAAAGCACACCAGGCCUGGAGAGGUUUUUAGAGAAGAGGAACUGUUUGUGGAAGACUGGACUUAACAAUCUGUCUGAGCCUGGGGCCGAAAAUGGAUAAGAAACCGUAAACCUGUGAGGGUUUGAGAAAGAGAGAGAGUCUUGUUUGGGGUUGGAGAGACUAUGGUUCUUGUGGAUUUUGGUGGAAAUUGGUGGAGAACAAGGGUAGAGGGCAAAUUCCACAUUUUUUAUGAGAAUAGCAUGUUGGCUUUGAGCAUGUUGGUUGAAGGGAGCUGUGCAGCAGUCACCACUUCAUGACUGCACACCAUAUUCUGAUUAAAAUGUUCACUAGAGUUUCAGUGAAGAUCUUUGGGUUGUUAAUUCUCACAUGUACUAUAGCGGUUCAAAAUGCCCCCUUGCAUGAGCUACAACAACUUGUACCAGGACUACAUCUAAAUUGGCCUCAUAUUUUUUAUCAAUAUUUGUACUUACCGUAGAAAUCACAUGUGAUAUAGGUGUCACGUAAGCAAAGAGAUAAUGAAAGUGUAACAAAAGCGAAAAUUGUAGGCCAAUGCUUGUGUUUUUGUUUUUGCUGCUUAAUUUAACAUUGACAUACUAGCCAGUCACUUAAUUUAAACUGUCUCCUAACCUGGCAUAACACAAUCAAUUGACAAACAACAAAACCUUACACUAACCACGAUUUGCAGUGAUAAAGGGGUCGGAAGUCAUUUAUUUUCAAUGAAAAUUGGCUAUGUGAAGCAGUAAAGAAUGGCCAUUAGCAAUACGACAAUGUUAAAUAGACUUUAACUUUAUGCAAAAACAGUGAAGCUCAUGUGAUUGACCUCAUGAUACAGUUGGAUACAGUAUUCGAGUAGGCAUGCAUACUAGCAGCCUACAGUACUGCUACUUGGCAACCUCCCAUGAUUUCAUUACUGUCUGUGUUUCUAACCAGUCGUGACUGUGAGUGCAUUUACAUGCACAAUCUUACACCUAUUAUGCUUAAUAAUCUGACAACAUGUAAGGUUUACCCACUACUUCACUCUACAUGUAAACAUUUUUACCAGUGUUCUUACUGGCAAUGUGAACAAGUGUUGUUCACAAACUUUAUUCAUAAGCAGAGAAUAACCCCAUGCAAAUAAAAAUUAUGUACACACUGUUGUAGAAAUUUUAUGAAUAAGCUGAUUUUAAAUAGUCUAGUUAUAGUCUGAUUUUUAAUCAUUAUUAGUUUACGUAUAAACACAUUCAUUGUGUUGUCGCUUUGUUUCGAUUUCUUCUUCUUGGGGAUAGUCCCUCCUACAAUGAAACUGAUUGGUCGAGAAUCCAGCUCCACAUAAAGUCACUGUAAAUUAAAUCUAAAAUAUCUUGCGGUUGAUUGCAAUUAUGUGGUGUCAUGUAGCAUAGCAAUCUUCUCGUUGCUGGAAACUUUACAUAUGUUCCUGUUGUGUUGUGCCUGGUUAGGACUCUAUGUGAUGGUUUUUCUUUUUAUAUCUUCAGAUUGUGGGCACAUGUUUUUGGAGUAUUGAAUAUAUUCCUUUUGCCCUCAUGUCAUGCCAUAGAACUUGCAUUUGAAGCAGUUUUGUUUUUACGUUGUUGAGAUGUGUAUUUUACUGUUUAAUUUUGCUAUGUAUAUUGUGUUCUUGUAGAGAGUGUUGCAAUACUUUUUGUGGAUGUUUAUUAAUGCAAGUCUUUUUUUUUUUUUUCAAGCAUCAUUUUCUGACUUCUAGUGGUUGAUAUGUAACCAUGAGGUUAUUGAAUAUUCAUAUUUGGACCCUUGUACGAUAUCAUAGACUUGAGUCAAUUUGCUCGGCCAAGGUCUGACACCAGUUAAAUUCUACCCAGGCCUUCAUUUUGAAAUAGAUGCUUUUGAUAGCUUGUCAGUUUGAUUCACGAAGCUACAGUAUGUGUUAUGUUGUAGCUGCCAUUAGAUUUUUUAUUUUCUGUUAAAUUUGAGUUUUGAAGGUUUGUAUAGCUUCUUGGGUACUCAUUCAUGAACACAGUUAAAGAAAGACAUGGCAAAAAAAACAUUCCAUUCCAGAAGGAGCCAUUUCUGUCUUACUGCAUCUAUAGUCUCCAGUCCUGUCUCACCUCACAGGGACUAGUCUGUAUGACCAAAUCUGGUCUUCACUGGCAUUUAAGGACUUUCUUUUUUCUUCCCACCAAAGAUAAAUCAACAUGUAAUGAAUGCACAGACUGGCUGAAAUGUAGAAGACUGUGUGACAUUUGGACAACAAAAAGGUUAGAUCAGGUCAGAGCCAGAAAGGAACAUGUAAAUGGAUAGCGUAAACUAAAUAUUAGAUACAGCACACAUUCACAUUUACUUAGAUCACAUUGCAGUUUUUACAGUGUUAGCACCGUAUGCAUUUUGAAAACCUGCUUGUGCAGUCCUGUUUGUUGCCAUUAGUGGCACAGAAAUUACACACUGCAACUUUAAUUUCCGCAUUUUGUAAGCUGUACUUUUUUUUCUAAAUAAAUAUUUAAGAACCUGAGAGAUAAUUUAUAUAGAGUGGCCUAUGAAUUGAAUCUGAGUGAUUACAUUUAAUAAAAUGGUCACUAGUGCAAAAUGAAUGUACAUUUUAAAACUAAAAUAUCUGAUUUACAUGAUCUUUGUUGUGUUAUGGAUUUCUGGUCAUUCCUGGACUUUGUUACAUCAGCAAGUAAUUACUUGCCAUGUAAGUUUCACUAGAACAACUUGAUCUAGCAUUAGUUUGAUCAAUACUACAAUGUUUGGAAAUUUCCAUCAAAUUACACAUUUAUUUAAAUGCAAGUUACAUCAUAGUUCAAAUCAUAGAAAGCCCUGUUGACCCUACAAAUGUAAAUGUCUGUUUUAUGGAAUUCUGAAAACAGAUCAAAGUCAUAAUGUUUCAUGAUGUAAAAUUUUUGUGUUGUUUUUUCUUACUAUAUAAAUUCAGUUAGAUACAUUUUAAAUUGUGAUGUCUUAGAAGGAUGCAUUCAUACAAUUUACAAUUAAUCUCUUAUUGUUCAACUUAAUUUCAGAGAGUAAACGUUACUAUAACUACAGUUUUGCAAACUGAGUUUUUCGUGCAACGUUCUACGUUUCACUGCAGUUUCCUGGUGAAAUUAACACUAGAGGGGCUUCAACAACUGCGUUUUGCUUUUAGGACACACUCUGUUAGGUUUAGGUGUUGGUUAAGGAUAAGGAUGUCUGUUUUUCUCAUUAAAACCUCCAUCUAACAUUCACCUAAAAACCAUCUGAUUAAGUCACCAUUUCACUCACUUUGGACAUUUCACUGGGAAACUGCAGUCAAACGUGUAAUGAGCAUGUCAUUUCGUUUUGCAAAAAUGUUGCCACAGUCAUGUAAUUUUAAUGAGAUCAGGCUGAAAUUGCCAUAUUAUGUAAACCAUCUUUUCACAAGUGAUAGUAAUGACAAAAUACCUUCUCUAUUAAGUGCACAUGAAGCUUUAAAGAAACAUGGACAUGCUGUAUUGGUCAUAUUUUUGUGAAGCCUGCCGUUUUCUUACCGAUUUGGGUUUAAAACAUAUAACCAACAGUAAACACGUAAAAUUCAGCGUUCCCAAAAGCAAUGGAUCCUGCCAAACUAAGGAUUGAAAAACAUUCCUAAAAACAUUGCUGGUCAAGUCAGUGUGAACUCUUAAAUGGAAACCGAAUCACCACAGUCAGCUCAAGAAUAUUUCAAAGCAAAUGAUUAUGAAUUAACUCAAAGCUUGCAGUUAUCAGAGAGGAUUGUUAUUUCUUGUCAUUAUGUUCUUCGAUGUACCACAGUACUGACACAUUUUGUUUAGCUUGUGUACUAUAUGUGUUUCAAAAUGAUUUGUUUUCAAUGUGUGUGCAGAAAGAGAAACAUUAGGGGUUUAAAGAUGCCAUUGAACUAUCAUGUAUGAAUGUGCUAAGAGGCCAAAUAUGACAAUAUGGCCAUUCUCCAUAUAUUGUUUUAGAACUAAAAAAGGUAAACAGUAAUCUUAAUUCCCAUAAAUACUCAUCAUUCAACUUUUGUAUACAUAUCUACAGCCCUGUUAGGAAAAUGUAUUAUGGAGUGAAGUGACAUAAAUGUAAGCAUCUGUAUGUAUUAGUUAUUACUGCAGUUUACAAGUGUAAAAACCAUCUUUUCACGUUUGAACAACAAACACCAGUGAAUGCAAGUGAACUUCUCUGUGAAAGUUGUAAAGCUGUCUGUUCCCACACUUACAGAAAUGUGAUUUAUCCCACAAGUCGUCACGGUAACCAAUUAUGUAGCUAUAAUGCACUGUAGCCGUUUGUGCAGCCAUUUACGACAUGAUCAAUUUUCUACUUGCACAGCAGCAAACAUUCACCGUAAAAUGUAAAAACCAAGUAUUUUUCUACAAUGUCUCCAGACCUAAGAAAUCAUCUGACACCGAACCCUAAUUUUGUCAAUUGCUGUAUGGUUUCUCAGUAGUGUGUACCACAUUAGUUGUUGUCAAAGCUAUUGUGUGCUGCAGUAUUUCCAGGUAUACUUCUUUGUUUAUUGUCCUUUUUUUAAUGUUAUUAUUAUGAUUUUGCUUUGUUUAUUGGGGAUUUGUAGAUGUGUGAUGUCUUAUUAUUUCAGUCUGUUAACGUAGCAUUAUAUGUACCCUGUACCUUAGGCUAAUAUUAAGUAUGCUAUGAGAAUGGAUAUUUUACUGGCUUUAUAGGAUGUUAAAUUGAAUAUAAUAUUGACAAUAAUAAGAAUGAUUUAACUCCUAAAAACUGAGUACUUGCUACUAAGCACUUGUGUUACCAUUACAAAUGUUGUCUCUUAAUACUUUUCGUUGUAGAAAAAAUGAGUGAAUUUUUUUAGGCUUCAACAACUAAUGAUAGCAGCAGUGUAAAUUCAUGGAGGAUUUUUAACAAACACCGGGGGUUAUAGAAGAAUAUAGUUAUUUUAAUCAUUCUAUUUACUAACUGUAGGGUGUGAAGGGGCUCGCGUCGUGGUGAACUAUGUUAUAGCUUGUUAUUCACUGUUACUUUUGAUCAUUUUUCGGUCUCCAAGGUGAAUCGAGUUAUUAAAGGAAAUUUGUAUGCUCACAUAUGCAUAUUGUAUAUGUGUAGAAAUGUAAUCACACUUUGUCUUGGAUUUACAUUAAACUGUUAAGUCACUGCA